AUGAAAACUCAAAGUACUGAGUCUUAUAAAACUCUUUUUGAAGUUGAAAAUGUAUCAGAUUAUAAAAAUGUUUUUCCAUUAGUUCGAAAAUGCAUUGAAUUUUCAUCUAACGAAACUGAAGUUUUAAGAGCCAUAGAAAUCUCAUUAAAUUUUGGAUUAAAAAUUUUACCGCUAAGUCAACUUGAAGAAGCAGUUUUUCAAUACUGUUGCCCUGCAGCAAAAAAAUUAUUACAAAAUAAAUUUAAAACUUUGGAAAGUUUAUCAGAGUGUUUAGAUACUACUAUAAAUUCAAACACAAUUUUUUAUCAAUUAUUAAAUGAUUGUUCAUUUCUUUUAUCGUGUUUCAAUAAAUUUUUUAUUGAGCUAAAUGAAUAUGAAAAUGUUAAUGCAUUAGAAAUAGACAGCUUAUUGCUUAACACGGUAAACAUGUUACUUAUUUGUUACUGCCAUUGUAAUGCAAGUGAAAAAAUUUAUGGAAAAAAUUUCAACUUGGUAACUGAAUAUUUGACUUCAUGUUUUAAAAAUUGUUGUAAAUUGCAAGAAUCAAUAUUAAAUAUUAUAAUGAGUAAAUUAACGUUUGAAUUUAAAAAUGAAGUCGAGGAAAAAAGUUUAAUUGAAAUUAUGGUAGUUUUAUCAAAAAUUGGAAAUAAUUUAAGAAAUUUAGAUGUGAAAAUGAUGGCCAAAGUAUGGAAAGCAUUUGUUUGGCUUGCUGAAAAAUAUUGUCAUCAAAUCAAAUAUGAACUUCAAAUAGAUAAUAUCAUCAACUGUCUUUGUGAAAAUAUAGUUCUCAGUGUAGACAUUUUUUUUAAUCAAAAUGAUGUUGAACUUGGUAGAAACAUUAAGUGUAAUGUAUCAUUAACAGAAGCUGAUUGCAAUGCUGAAAAUAAAAAUCUUAUGAACCAGUUAACUUAUGGAAUAGAUCCUUUACUAACACAUAUACUGUGUAACAAAAUAUUAAUCAAAGAAUUCGAUGAAGUCAGUAAAGACUUGACAUUAUUUAAAAGUAAACUUGAAGCGUUUCCAAUAUUGUGGUGUUUAAUAUUAAAAAAAUUAAUGCAUCAAGAGAAAGAAGUUAGAAAUUUGUGGUUAAAUAAAGAUCAUAAUAUUCUACAAUGGCUAUUUCUUUACGUUUCUUUCGAUAAAUAUAAUGUUUGUAGAAAUAAAAAAUUAUCAAAUCUUGCAAUCAGCUCAUCAGAAAUUCAGCAAAAAAAAUAUAACGCUUUGUAUGAGUACAUAAUGACAAUAAUGGCUGCAUUUAUCAUGACAUCGACAGCUGAAGAAUAUGCUCUUAUUGAAAAACAAUUAUUAUUAAAUGUGAUACAACCAAAUCCUCUGUGCGCUUUACUCGCCAUUGAUAUUUGGUGCAUACUGGCAAGAUUUACAUGUUCUGAAUUAUGUUACACUCAAGUUGUAAAAUUAAACAAACUGUUACAAUUAUUUCAAAGUAACACACAUAGGGUUGAAAAAUGGAAUCUGAUAAUCAUUCCACUAUUGUCUAAAAAUCAUAAGGAAUUAGUUUUAGAAAGUUAUAAAAAAACAUUUUCUAGUAAAUUAUAUUGCAUAAGUUCAUUGAAUAAAAAUAUAAAAUUUGAUUUGUAUUUAUAUGAUGAAAUAAAAAGCUUUUUGGGAAAAGAAAUAGAAAAAGUAAAUGAUAAUUUUGAUGAUUUCGAAUUUAGUCAUUCAGAAAAGGAUUUGCACUUUUUUAAUGAAGAUGGAGAAAAAAAUGAAAAACUUUUAAAAUGGGUAAUCAAGUCUUGGAAAUUUGAUUGUACCGUUAUAAGUUGUAGCCACUAUUACGAAAGUUAUAUAAAGUUUUUAAGUUCAAGUACAGCGUCAGUAUUAUGCAAAAUUUCUUCUCAACACUUAUUAAUGAUUUUUUGUAAAAUGAGAGAAAUACUUUUAACACCAGUUACAAGUAACCAACUAUAUUUCAUGUGGAUAUUGAAAGCUUUAUCAGUUAUCACAAUUCCAUCUGAUGAUUUUCAACAAAAUAUUAUUGAAACAGUGUCAGAAAUAUAUGCAUCACUUUUGUCGUCGAAAAAUGUUAUUGUUAAACAAAAAGCUUUGGAAAGUUUCUACGGUUUUGCUCACAUAACAUGUCAUCCGAAAAUUAUUUCUUUAUCAGUUCAAUGUUCACCCGAUUUAAAACUUCAACUAACUAAUUAUUUUCAAAAAAAAUUGCACUGUGAAAUAGACAAUAGUUAUGAAGAUUUUAUUUACAAAUUAUUGAAUAGUGAUUUCGAACACAAAUGUAUCAAAUUUAAUUUAUCGAAAACUUUCAUCGAGACAGAGAAAAACUUUUCAAAUGCUCAAAGCAACUCGGUAGUUAUUACGAGAUGGAAAAAAGAUGGAGAAAGUAUAAUUCAAAAUAUGUCCGUAUUAACAGAUUUAGAAAAAAAUGAAAUAAAAACUCUUUGUCAGUCAAUAUUAAAUCUCUUAUAA